GAAGCGGAAGCCAUUGCUCUCAGGAGGCGAUUGCGGCUAUACACAUGGGCAGGGGAGGGGUCCGUCGUGGCUUCGUCUGUGCUGUUGGGGACUCUCCGCUUCCCCGCCGCAGACCCGACCUGCUCUGUGUACUUGGCGUCCCUUCACCUGCAGCUUCCGUGACCUCCACUCCACCCGAUUCUGCCCUCAGCCUUAUGCCUGCGCGAAGAGUCCCGUGACAGCGGGAGGGACGCUUCCUACAGCCAGUGCCCUGUUGUGCAGGCAGACUGACGGUCAUCCUCACGGGAUGGCAGCCCUUGGUCUGUCUCCCACAUGUGCUGUGUCCCCCCAGGACCCCGCCUGUAUCCGUAAGUCGGAAGUUCCUCCUUCCGAAGACCAUUCCUGUUCUCAGGACGUGGAGCUGUUUGCUUGCAAUGGCCUGGAAUGCCCUGUGCCGGCUGGUGUUGGUUCUCAGGAGUCAGUGACUUUCCAGGAUGUUGCCGUGGACUUCACGGAAAAGGAAUGGCCCCUGCUGGAUUCUUCUCAGAGAAAACUAUACAAAGAUGUGAUGCUGGAGAACUACAGCAACCUCACCUCUGUGGGGUAUCAGGUGGGCAAACCCAGCCUCAUCUCCCACUUGGAGCAAGAAGAGGAGCCGAGGACAGAGGAGAGGACACUUCACCGAGCCACAUCUCCUGAUUGGGAGACUCCAUCUAAAAGCAAAUGGUCCAUCCUCAUGGAAGAUCUUUUUGGGAAGGAAACACCCAGCGGUGUGAUUGUGGAAAGAACGCAUCUUGGAGAGAAAUCCACCGAGUACGCCCACCUGUUUGAAGUCUUCGGCGUGGGCACUCAUCUUACUCAGCAGAUGGGAAGGCACGCUGGCAAGAGGCCCUAUCACCGCCGGGACUGUGGGGCCGCUUUCAAGAACAGGUCCCAUCUCGCCCAACAUGUGAGCAUUUACAAUGGGAGGAAAAUGCACGAAUGUCACCAGUGCCAAAAAGCCUUCACCACGAGCGCGUCCCUCACACGACACAGGAGAAUACACACGGGGGAGAAGCCCUACGAGUGCAACGCCUGCGGGAAAGCCUUCAACGAUCCCUCUGCCCUCCGGAGUCACGCGAGAACUCACCUCACAGAGAAGCCCUUUGACUGCAGUCAGUGUGGAAAUGCCUUCCGAACCCUCUCCUCCCUGAAGAUACACAUGAGAGUUCACACUGGGGAGAGACCUUACAAGUGUGACGAGUGUGGGAAGGCAUACGGCAGGAGCUGCCACCUCAUUGCCCACAAACGGACACACACUGGAGAGAGACCCUACGAAUGCCACGACUGUGGGAAAGCUUUCCAGCAUCCCUCCCAUCUCAAAGAGCACGUCCGGAAUCACACUGGAGAGAAGCCGUAUGAAUGCACACAGUGUGGGAAAGCCUUCCGGUGGAAGUCGAACUUCAAUUUGCACAAGAAGAACCACAUGGUAGAGAAAACAUACGAAUGUAAAGAAUGUGGGAAAUCCUUUGGUGAUCUCUUGUCACGGAGAAAACACAUGAGAAUUCACAUUGUAAAGAAACCCAUUGAAUGUAGACAGUGUGGGAAAGCGUUCCGAAACCAGUCCAUCCUUAAGACACACAUGAAUUCUCACACUGGAGAGAAACCCUAUGGGUGUGAUCUGUGUGGGAAAGCCUUCAGCGCCAGCUCAAACCUGACCACACACAGGAAAAUCCACACUCAAGAGCGACGCUACGAGUGUGCGGCCUGUGGGAAGGUGUUCGGGGACUACCUAUCCCGGAGGAGGCACAUGAGCAUUCACCUGGUAAAGAAACGUGUUGAGUGUAGGCAGUGUGGGAAAGCCUUCAGAAACCAGUCGACCCUCAAGACACACAUGAGAAGUCACACAGGAGAGAAGCCGUACGAGUGCGAUCACUGUGGGAAAGCCUUCAGCAUCGGCUCCAACCUUAACGUGCAUAGGAGGAUACACACUGGGGAGAAGCCCUACGAGUGCCUGGCCUGUGGGAAAGCCUUCAGUGACCAUUCGUCCCUCCGGAGUCACGUGAAGACUCACCGGGGAGAGAAGCUCUUCGUGUCAUCCGUGUGGAAGAGGCUCCAGUGACGCAUCAUCUUUAAGGGAAGCCACAAGAGCUCAGACUGGAAAGAAGCCUUGUUGUUGGUGUGAGGGAGGCAGGAGCACUUUGAUGAGCUCUACUGGACACAGAAGAGUACCUGUAACAGGAGAAACCCAGUUUGUGUCA